UAGAAACAGUUACAGUGUCAGAUUCUGUCUGCAUUGUUCACAUAGUUUAGGGGUAGCGACGAAAUCUGACGUACUACUUUUCUGACGGCGGAGAUACCCUGGGGAAUGCCUUUUCGUGUGGGGUGUAGUGCGGUCUUCCCGGAUACAGUCAAUGAUGGAAACAUAGAACUAGAAGUCCUCGGUGCAAUAACUCCUGCAGAGAUUCGAUAGGCAGGGAUCAAAAUGGCAGAUGAGCAGCCAGCUGAGAUCCCGACGAUUAUAGAGCCAGUGUCAGACGACACAAGCCAAGGAGUUCCUGAGGAGGCAGAGGUGCUCUCAGCAACAGCAGAAACAACCCUUUCUGUGGAAAAAGCAGAUUCAGACAAUGGUGAAAAUGUAACCAAAGCAGACAAUGCAACAGAACAGGACAAAGAGAAACAAGACGAGAAUGGUACAGAAAAAGGACCAGGAGAGUCAGAAACUGCCGGAGAAGGGGAUGAUGGGACAAAGGAGGCUGGAGAGGAGUCUCACAAAGUUACUAUGACGAUUACAAUUGCCAUGGCGAUCCCAACAGUUGAAGAUGAAGGCCCCACGUUAGAGGAAAUGCUACAGAAGAAGAAGCGUCUCCUGGAGGCUCCCAAGGCCCAGUACUACUUCCAUCUGGAGUAUUAUCUCCUCCCCGAUGACCCCGAGCCUCAGAAGGUCGACCUGGUGACCUUCGGAAUGGCCGCCAAGAUCUACACAGAACACGACUCCAAGGUGGUGAAGACCUGGAUGGAGGGGGAGCUCACCUGGGUAGCCUGGACUCACAACCACAAGAUCAUAGUUACCAAAGAGACAUUGCUGAAGUUGUAUAGACAUGAGCUAAAGCUGAGGAUAUGGGACAGCAAGGACAAGGUGUCACCAAGGGCCAGGUUUGACCGACCAAAGGCCUUCAGGCUACCAGGGGGAGGUGAUGAGCUGGCAGGGGUGAAGUCCUUGGUGCUGAAACAGUCGCAAAGCUUCAUGGACAUGCAGCCGCUGAAAACACGGCAGGGCAUCAGGUCAGAGGUCAGCAAGCAGAGGGACCAGUACAGUAGGAACCAGGGAGAGGCAGGUCAAUCAGGGAAGUCAGGACAACAGAAGUCUCCAGACAAACAAGUCCCAGAUGAGGCCUCUCCAGAAAAGGGCAAAAGCCCAUCCAAGGAACCCCAGGCCCUGUCCCCAGCCCAGGGGAAAUCCCCCAGCCCCAGAGGGAAGGCCUCUAGCCCCCAGGGGAAGGGUCCUCCAUCUCCUAUUGAGGAAGAGGGAGCAUCACAAGAAGGAAUCAGAACAUAUGACAGACUCAGCCAACUGGCUGGUGUGUCCCCAACUGGGGAAGUGGAAAGCAGGGGCAAGAAAGGCAGCAAGGAAGCCUCACCUUCCUCCUACCAUGUCCCCAUGGCACGGCGUGUGUCGGAGCAGGAGAUUGCUGAUCAUGGGGGAGAUCACAGAUCCAACCAGAGGAUGGAGAAGGAAAUCAAGAAAGGAGGCCCAAGCCCUGUUGCAGCAACAAGCACUAGAGAGCCGUCCCGUCAGCUUAGCGAGUUUGGAAAGUUGCGACACCCGCUGCCAACAGAAGAAGAGGGAGGCAAGAAGAAAAGAAAAAAGGACUCUUCUGCAGCAGCUGCGAUGGAAAACAUAAAGAAGUUUGGAGCUGCUGUCAUCCCACUGUCAAUGAAGAUAUUGUUUGCAGGAAAGCAGUCCAUAACCAAUCGGCUGGACAAGCCUAGCCCAUUCAUACAGGAUGUUUACGUGUCUGUGGCGCUGGAUGGUGCCCUGAUGUCAGAGAAACACCUGCAGGAGCUGAACCCUCUCAUCAUCAAGGUGGCCCAUGCCUCCAACAUGCCUGCCACUCCCCUCAACUACCAGCUGCUCAAAGACAAAUGUGAACCAACCUACAUCUGUUACAAGUUCCUGGACCAGGACGUGCACAGAAGUAUUGGCAGGGAACAGGACAGUAAUGUCUACUGGGAUGAUCUCAACGUCAUUCUGACAGGAACCCUUGACCCAGGAGAGCUACGUGAGUUUCUAAUUGGUCCACCCCUUGAAGUUGAAGUUCACGACCGAGACCGGCUGGAUUCCACAUUGAAGAAGCCUCCGACCAUAUUUGGGGAUGAUAUGGAGGAUGACAAGAUCCACAAUGUGGGGAUGAUCACAGCAAGAAGAACGACCCACAACCCCCUGAAGGAACGUGAAAAGGUGUGGGAUCCUUACGGCGUGGCCAAGUUUGACAUGUCCGACCUGCUGCUAGGUCAGAAGUCCAUGAACUUGACGGCACCCAUCCACUGUUGCUCCCUACCAGACAUGGCCGGCAUCAGGACAGAGAACGGGAAACUGGUGGGCAUCAUCGGUGCAGUGGAUGGACCAGAGGCUGCACCAUUGCCUACAGGCCACUACCUGGAGACCAAUGCCCAGCUGAAGAUUAGACUGGAGGUAGCCUACCCGCUCCGGCACCUUGCAGCAGCCAGGCUCAAGCACAAGGUCCAGACACCACCAGAGAAGGUGGACUCUGCAGACACGGCCAGUGAUGGGGGGAAGCCUGAGGAGCCUGUUGAUGUCAAGCCUCCUCAGUGCCCGUUUGCGCGUAUCAUCUUCAUGUUCCCAUACCACGACAAGGAGUUCCUGCACCGUCUGCAGGCAGAAGUCACGGCCAUCAACGCUGCUGCCCUGCAGCUGGACCAGAUGCCACAGCAUGUCAUCGAGGCAGCACUGUCAACCUACAAGCUAUCAGUUGAACAACAGAAGAGUAAGUCGCUGGACAUCGUGACAGGUUUCCAGGUACUGGAUGGAGAGGUGCAUGUGUUUGUGUUGGAGGGGCUGAGGGACAAGGCUAUCCACAGGAUCUGGACUGCACUACCUAGGCCUGAGGUCACAGGUGAUGUCUUCUUCAAAGUCUUGUAUAACUCGGAGAUGACUUUCCGCCGUCGGCUGUAUGCGGAGCUGGAUGUUGACCUGUGCCGUGUGCGUCUCCACGAGCCAAUCUCAGUCAUCGUGCAGCAGCCACUCCUCUACGUCAGGGACAUGGUCCCCAAGCCCUGCUUCGACUCACUGGCGAGGGUAGACAAGAUGCUGCACUCCACCAAGCUAAGGGAUGUGACCCGCAAUGACCUCUUCCCCACGGCAGAGAUGGUUGUGUCCAUGAGCAAGGAAUUUGGAAUCCCACUCACUAUGGAGGACUUUGAAGACUUGAAGAAACCAGACAGUGAGGUGCAGACAUCAGAUGACUUCACUUCCUCUCCCAUGGACAUGCGCCGCCCGUGGACCCCACUGGACAUGUACAACUAUGAGUAUGAGGAGUUCGUCAAGCAGAGAGAAAUGCUGGGGCCACUACGGGACUAUGUCAGGGAAAACAUUGAUUUGGUGGACCAAUUGGCAAGAAUACCAAAGCACAAGAAGGGAAAAACCAUUGCUGCCAUGCCUGUACAUGGAAGGGUGCACAACUACAGCACACAGGCUCUCAACUCCACAGAACUCGCCAAGGAACUGUUACGGCAGGAGCUUGCCAAGGAGCCUGAUGCCAGGUUCACCCUGUGCCAGGACUACCACCACUCCAUGACAGUAGACCCAGUAGACCUGGAGGCUGUGAAGAAGCAGCAGGCAGUAGAGUCUCGGGACCAGUGGAGGACUAAGGAGGGCUUCAUCUACCCUGGGAUGAAGACAACACUGGAGUGUAAUGUCCAUCCCCACAAGCCUGGGGAGGCCAGGGUCGACGACCUUAGAAAGCCAUGGAGGGAAGGCCUGUUGCAUGCUGCUCAGCUGAAGCCUACUCUCCCCCGCCGGGAGCGGUACAGCUGGGAUGAGCGGAACAGUGACGUGGACCUCUGGAAGAGACCGCCUCUACACUUUGGUUCUUCUGCACCCAUCACCAUCCACUUGCCUGGGAAACUUCGUGAGGAGGAGAUUAUGGAGGCUGCCAUGAAAGACUACGAAGACUGGCGGUCCAAGAUCGUUCCAAACGACACACAGAUGCACUUCCACCGCAUCAACAAACAAACAGAGCUGAAGCAGAGAGGCAAGCGGUCAGGCAACCAGCUGGACAGGCUGCGGGGACUGCUGAAGGACGACCCCAGGAAACUGGCCUUAUCCAAGUCAGGAUUCUCUCUGAAGGAGAUCCCCCCUCUGUCCGUGGUGAACUACCCCAGCGUGGACAGGGACAGUAGGGAAGCCGGUAAGACUCUCCUCCCCGCCGUGGAGAACGAGGGAGAGGAGCGGGGGCCGGGCUUCACGCCGGGACCGCACACCGAGCACAGCUGGCUCCUGGAGAAGAACAAGAUCCCAGUACGGGACAUGGAGCAUGAUCGCUUCAUCUCAACUAGAGGGGGUGACUUCAAUGUGUACCACAAGGACAGAAGUGUCCUGCACAGCCGCUCCAUCCCUCCCCUCCACCCUGUAGAGAGAGACAACAACCUGUUCAAGACACCUCCCAAGGCUAGGGUGCCCUCCCCACCCACCAAGGACCGACACUUCACGCCUGAUGACAAGACGGGGAGGAACUUCUACAAGAUCUUCCCUGGUCCUGCUGCCCUGAAGAACCUGAGGAGUGAGAUGGUCAUGGAGUAAAGGUUACCAUGGUAACCUAUCAUUUUCAGUUAGACAGAGGGACAAUACCUACUUGUUAAUAAUACAAUUAAGAAGUUUGAAAAUUUUUUAUUCUGGAUGAAGUUUUGGUGGAAAUUGGUGCUUUCAUGAAAGGAGGUGGAGACUUUUUUCAAAGCGGAGAUUUCUCCUCCUCUGUCAUAGGAAUGAUUCUGUACAACAGUAUCAAUCAGGACAAUUUUCCAUUAUGAAAAUGAUGUUAAUUUGAGCUUGGUUUAAAACCCUAUUGACUGUUCUCUUGAAUGCUAUACUGUGGGUGUUAAUCUCUGUAUGUAUUCUUUAUUGCUAGUGAUAUCACAGUUUAAGUCACAUGGCCCACACGUGGCGUGUGAAGAAGUAUGGCACAUCAAAGUUUUCAGUACAGAGAGAAGAAAGCUCUUGUCUCAGAAAAUGAUGUCUGUCGUAAUCUGGAGACAGGUUGUGAAGUGUAUUUUGCAGAUUGCUGCUUUAUGAAUACAUAGAUAUCAAUGUAACAAGCUGUAUUGUUUCAGAUAAUCCGUCCUAACUUACUAACAUAUCAGAUCAAGUCAAAGAAAAUUGUGGCCAACAAAAUUGUAUUUGGCCUUUCUUAUCAGAUCAGGCUUAUGUCAAAAUAGCAAAGUAUAUGAAAGAACAUUGUACAUAUACAUAUCAGAUAUUAAUAGUAACAUAUGUAAGAAAGGAAAGAAAGUAUAAUCAUCCCAAACUAUGUAUAUCUGUACAUAAAAGAUGUGUAUGAUAUUCUGUGCAGUGAGUUGCUGAAUAAAUGUUUAUUGCAUUUAUUUUCUA